CUGUGAUAUUAACGAACACACACUCUCUCUCUUUCUCUCUCUCUCUCUAGAGCUCCACUCUCUGCAUCUCCCCCUCCAAAAUUCCUCGGUAGCCGCGGCCGAAAUGGAAUCAGCUGCCAUGUCCCAAAUCGGGCUAGCAGGGCUGGCAGUAAUGGGCCAGAACUUAGCCCUUAACAUCGCCGAGAAAGGCUUCCCAAUCUCCGUCUACAACCGGACAACCUCCAAAGUGGACGAAACUUUAGAUCGAGCCCACCGCGAAGGCCAACUCCCCCUCUUCGGCCAGUACACUCCCAAAGAUUUCGUCCUUUCUAUCAAGAAACCCCGCUCCAUCAUCAUCUUAGUUAAAGCCGGCGCCCCCGUUGACCAAACCAUUGCCGCCCUCUCCGCUUACAUGGAGCCCGGCGACACCAUCAUCGACGGUGGCAACGAGUGGUACGAGAACACCGAGCGCCGCAUGGUCGACGCCUCCGCUAGUGGCUUGCUCUACUUGGGAAUGGGGGUUUCUGGCGGCGAAGAUGGGGCGCGUCACGGGCCCUCGUUGAUGCCUGGUGGGGCCCACAGGGCUUACUUGAACAUUCAUCAUAUACUUGAGAAGGUUGCGGCUCAGGUGGAUGAUGGGCCAUGCGUUACUUAUAUUGGCGAGGGUGGGUCCGGGAAUUUUGUGAAGAUGGUGCAUAAUGGGAUCGAAUAUGGCGAUAUGCAGCUCAUUUCGGAGGCAUACGAUGUUUUGAAGAAUGCUGGGGGGUUGGGGAAUGAGGAGCUGGCGGAAAUUUUUGGGGAGUGGAAUCGUGGGGAGUUGGAGAGUUUCUUGAUUGAGAUCACAUCAGAUAUUUUUAGGGUGGAGGAUGAGGAGACGGGGAAUGGACAUUUGGUGGAUAAGAUUUUGGAUAAGACCGGUAUGAAGGGCACGGGUAAAUGGACUGUUCAGCAAGCGGCUGAGCUGUCCAUAGCAGCUCCUACCAUUGCAGCUUCGUUGGAUAGUAGGUAUAUGAGUGGGUUGAAGGAAGAGAGAGAGGAGGCAGCGGAGAUUUUCAAGAAGGAAGGGUUGAAGGAGGAGAUCAAUAAUGUGAGUGCCGUGGAUAAGAAGAGGUUGAUUGAUGAUGUUAGGCAGGCGCUUUAUGCGUCCAAGAUUUGUAGUUAUGCACAAGGGAUGAAUUUGUUGAGGGCAAAGAGCAUGGAGAAGGGAUGGGGCUUGAAUUUGGGGGAGUUGGCGAGGAUUUGGAAAGGUGGGUGCAUUAUUAGGGCUGUCUUCUUGGAUAGAAUCAAGCAGGCAUACCAGAGGAAUCCUGGGUUGGCAAACUUGUUGGUGGACCCAGAAUUUGCAAGGGAGAUGGUGCAGAGACAGGCGGCGUGGAGGAGAGUUGUGGGCUUGGCAAUUCAGAAGGGGAUUAGCGUUCCAGGAAUGUCUGCAAGUUUGCAGUAUUUUGACACCUAUAGGCGUGGGAGACUUCCUGCCAACCUUGUGCAGGCUCAGAGGGACUACUUUGGUGCGCAUACCUAUGAGAGGAUUGAUCGCCCAGGAUCUUACCACACCGAGUGGUCCAAGCUUGCUCGGAAGGCCAGAGUGUAGUGCAGAUUGCUAGAUUGAGGUUUGGUUACUGAAAAAUUGUUCUAGCUUUGGUGAUCUUGAGGCAUUCAUAGUUGUAUCCCCUGAUGAGGAUUUCCUGCUCACUCAUAACAAACAUAUUUUGUAGCCUCUGCGUUGUUGUGAAUGCAGUUAAUAAGAGGAGCAUUCCUUUUUCAA